AUGGCUGCUUUUCCUCCUCCCCCUCUCGCAUCCUUGGAAUGGAACAAGCUGGGCCUUGCUCCUAUGGAAGUUAAUGGCCAUGUCGAGUCAGAGUACUCAGUUGCGACUGGAGAAUGGUCGAAGCCUCAUUUUGUGGAAGAUCCAUUGCUGCGGGUUCACGGAUUAUCACCGGGGCUAAACUACGGCCAACAAGCCUUUGAGGGCAUGAAAGCGUACCGCGACCCUCACGGCCAGAUCCAAGUCUUUCGACCCAAAGAUCAUGCAGCUCGUCUAGCACUUUCUUGCUCGACCAUUGCCAUUCCCGCAAUCCCGGAAGGUGUCUUCUUGACUAGCAUCAAUCUAGCAGUGGCUCGCAAUGCUGAGUAUGUCCCCCCUCAUGAAUCCGAUGCCGCGUUAUACAUCCGGCCUCUAGUGUUUGGGUCAGAAGCGUUCUUUGCCGUGUCUGCUGGGACUGGUUACCGGUUCUGCGUGUAUGUGCAGCCGUAUAAGGCAUACCAUGGAGUCCAACCCUUGCCGGCACUUGUACUGGAAGAGCUCGAUCGGGCUGCACCCCAAGGAGUUGGCCAUGUUAAGGUCGGGGGCAACUAUGCGCCUGUGCUGAAGUGGAGUGACAAAGCCCGAGCAGAAGGGUUCCAUAUCACACUGCAUCUCGACAGCCGAACACAGUCGCAGAUUGAUGAGUUUAGUACUUCCGGGUUCUUGGGACUGAAGAAGACUGGGAACUCAUACACGCUGGUCGUGCCCAGCUCUCCCUCGAUUCUGAAAAGCGUUACCAGCACUUCGUGCGUUGAACUGGCACGCUCAUUUGGAUGGGCGGUAGAGUUGCGACCGAUUCCGUACCUAGAACUGCCACACUUCACAGAAAUCUUGGCUGCAGGAACAGCGGCGAUGGUUGUUCCAAUCAAGUCGAUCACCCGGAGAUCUACCGGAGACGUCUUUACGUUUUCUGCUGACGGUCCUGGCGAGGCUUGCCAACGUCUCUCGAAGGCGUUGUUAGCGGUGCAAAAGGGAUUGGCUACCAACGACGGGAACUGGCUUUGGCCCGUAGCGCCAGUGGCAGACGCUGAGGAAUGA